CUGGAACAGAGCGGGCUGCGGGAGUUGGACUGGCUGCCUCCAUACACAAAAUCCGCAAAAUGCGAGUGAACGUGGAUCUGAUCCUCCUCAGCUUCCUGAAAGAGGGGCAAAUUCCGGAUAAUGAAUACAAUUACGCCCUCAACAUGCUGGAGCAGGAGGUGAACAAGCGGAGCUCCGAUGGGGAGCUCCAGACCGACGGACAUUCCCCGGUGCCCCGUUUGGAAGGCCCAUCCGUUACAGAAGUGGACGAAGAAUUGUGUCGGAGGAUCGCGGCUCAGCUGGCUGAGCUGGGGGACAAAUUCGACCGCGAGGGGAGAAUAAAGAAGGAGAUGGUGGAGAGCGUGGUCGAAGGUCUCCUCAGUGACUCGCUUUCCGAGAAGCGGUUUCAGGAGGUGAUCAAUUCUGCCCUCCCAAACCUGCCUCCUGGUAUCGAGAAGGAAACGGCCAUCCUCGCCGUCACCAUGACCCUGACCAAGAAGGUCGGGUGCAACGUUCCCAACCUCCUGCAGAACUUCUUCCGUUACACGGCCGACUUCAUCCAAUCAAACUACGUCGCCUAUUUACAACAACUCUCUCGGCAGAGGUGAACGCCGAGCCGACAGAUUUAAGGAGGAUGAAUUUAUCGCGAUUGUUCCCGGCCAGCAAUGACAUCGAUUGUGAUGUAAAAUAUUCAUGUGACUCGGGGGUGGGGUGGGGGGGUCACGUAAAUGCGGGGGGGGGGUCAUUUCUACAAUUUUCCCCAAUGUUGAUGUUUUCAGAAGUCUUUGUAUCCGUUGUUUUGUGGCCGCUUUGCCGUACCGGUGCUCGAUGGCGUGAAACGUUUUAUAUUAAUAAAGGAUCUCACGCUACGCAGAGAAA